AAACUAUUUAUUUUAUAUAUAUAACUAUCGUUGCAGAGGUACGGACCAUAUGGUAACGACAAAGCCGAAGAAAACUAUUCCUUCCAAAUCAACGACGAUGAAACAAUAACAGAAGUAAUCGUAUGGUCGGGAUUCAUGGUGGAUGCAAUCGGGUUCACCAUUACCGGUGAUGAUGGGGAUAGCAGAACCAACAUUUACGGAGGCAAUGGUGGAAAUAAAAACAAGAUUAAUCUCCAACUUGGUGAAAACAUACUUGGAAUAAGUGGAAGGUAUAAAGGUUCAAAGAUAUCCCAACUGAGGAUACAUACUGAUUUGGUACCCCGUGGACACGGGCCUUAUGGAGAUGAUGAGCUUAAAGACGGCAGCGACUUCCAAUCUCCAAUGCCAUUACGAGACAACCAAGAAGUAAUUGGAUUCUUUGGAUCUGCUCAAGAUAGCGUUGCAUCCAUUGGACUCUAUGUUCAAAUGGUAACAUCUACGUUUCACUCGUUGAUUGACUCUUAAUACCAUGUCACAUGAUCAAAUGGUUAACUUAAAGCCUCAUGAUUGUUAAUAACAAAUUAAACUUCAUUUUAGGAGUGAAGUUGGAGACUUGGAGCUUAUGACGGUUGUGGAUGCUUCCAUACCUAGAGCAUCAUCAAGCAAUGUUUUCUUUAUCUUUCAAGUUUGUAUCCAACAUGCGUCAAGUGUCCAUGUAUCCGUACCCUUGACUUAAUGUAUUAUUAUUAUUGUCAUCGAUAAUAUAUCUGUGUUUGAGAUCAAUAUAAUAUAUUUAC